AGAACAUGCUUAAUUCUGAAAGGUAGAGGUGGAAAAGGGGUUAAGAAACUUUCACCUCUGGAGCAACAAUCGACUAGUUGGUCAAGGAUACCGUUGUUUCGUGCGUGUCGGAAAUGAAGUCUACUCAAAUUUUACUAUCCACUGCACUUCUUUUCCUUCUGUCUGGACUUUCCAUGAUUACCGCCUGCAACAAGGCUCUCUGUGCCAGUGAUGUCAGCAAGUGCCUCAUUCAGGAGCUGUGUCAGUGCAGGCCCUCUGAUGGGAACUGCUCAUGCUGUAAGGAGUGUAUGCUCUGUCUGGGCACGCUGUGGGAGGAGUGCUGCGACUGUGUGGGGAUGUGUAACCCCAGGAACUACAGCGACACUCCGGCUACCUCCAAGAGCACGGUGGAGGAACUCUACCGACCCAUCCCCUCACUGUUCCGUGCCCUCACCGAGGGUGAAGCACCCAUCAACAUGAUGGUAGUAUCCUUCCCCGUGGCUGAGGAACUAUCUUACCAUGAGAACCUGGUGUCUUUCUUGGAAACUCUGGAGGACCAGCACCAAAAUGUCUCCCUGACCGGGAACAGUAUCCACGCCAGCUACGAUAACACCCAAAGUACUGAAGAUAACAUGUGCACUGUGGUGUACUUUGACGACUGCGUGUCCAUCCGCCAGUGCAAGCAAUACUGCGAGUCCAUGGGGGGCUCCAAAUACCGCUGGUUCCACAAUGCCUGCUGUGAGUGUAUCGGCCCAGAGUGCCUCGACUACGGCAGCAAAACCGUCAAGUGUAUGAACUGCCUGUUCUGAUUGAAGCCAAUGGGACUGGCCACAUUAGGGUACUGUGUUCAAACUGCCACAAGGGGGCACUAUCUGGAGUAGCAGAUGGUGAAGGUUAACUGAGGUAUGACUUUCAUAAUGCUUCAGUAUUUUUAUGUAUUAUGAAUUAUUUUUGCUCAUUUUUAUAUUUUAUAGGUUCUCUAGCAAAUUAGAAAUUUAUCAAUUUUAAUUAUUAUUUUUUUUAAAUAGUUUUAAGAAGUGUUUUGAAAUGUGUAAUGAAAUGGCAUUUUAUUUUUGUCAUGGAAAAUCAGAGUAAAUGCUAUUUGUAUAAUUGUUUUAUAAUGUGUUAUUUUAGGAAACAACGUCCAUAUUCAAUCAAACUAAUAGCCAGCCGUUCACAUAUCAUGUUUGAUUUCAUAUGUGCAAUUAAAAUGAUUUGUUUC